GCCUCGUGCAGUCUGUUCAGGUUAUAGAGCAGAACCCGGAAUUCUGCAACCGCAAAGAGGCUAAAAAUAAUUUAAUUACGAAGCAUAGAGUUACGAUAAAAAAAAAAGAAAAAACAAGUUUAAUAUUUGCGGUGUGAAUAACAAUCGAUAAAAGAACAGCACGCAUCAGAAACGAGCGCAUCAACGAGUCACCGAAAGCGAAAGGGGAGGGGUACGCUUGCCGUAGCUGUCGCCGUGUGGCCCUUGCCCUUGAUUAAACAUUUCAGUCGAGAAAAUAAAAUAGCCACGUUCCAUAUCAAAUCAAGUUUUACUCAUAAUUUUCUUGUCCUUUUUUGGUUGCCCAAUUAAGUUUCGCGCCAAUACUCCACUCCCUCCCCAGUCGCCCCCUUAGCUAGUAGAUCUAUUACAAUAUAUAUAAUGCCAAUGCUCGAAUUGAACCCAAUUAAUUGGAUACCAGGACAGGAAAGCGUUCAAUGUCAAGAAACACCCUCGCUGCUAAAGCGCGCCGGCACUGAUAAACUGCGUGAAGUUUUUCUUAAGUACGCCUCGCUACAAAAGGAUGGCGAGCAUUACAUGACCAGCGAGGAUUUCGUGCGAAAAUUUCUGGGCUUGUUCGUAGAGUCGUCGUUCAAUGAUGAAUCGGUGCGCCUGCUCGCCGGAAUUGCGGACACAAGCAAAGAUGGUCUCAUAUCAUUCUCGGAGUUUCAGGCGUUCGAGGGCUUGCUCUGCGCCCCUGAUGCCCUCUACAGAACUGCCUUUCAGCUGUUUGAUCGCCAAGGCAAUGGCACAGUUUCAUACGCUGAUUUCGCUGAUGUCGUACAGAAAACUGAGUUGCACUCAAAGAUACCUUUUAGCUUAGAUGGAACAUUUAUCAAACGCUACUUUGGUGAUAAGAAGCAACGCCUUAUCAACUAUGCUGAAUUUACGCAACUGCUGCAUGACUUUCACGAAGAGCACGCAAUGGAGGCAUUCCGUAGCAAAGAUCCAGCCGGCACUGGAUUUAUAUCCCCCCUAGACUUCCAGGAUAUAAUUGUUAAGGUUAAGCGGCAUUUACUCACGCCCGAUGUCAAGGAUAACUUGCUGGCGGUCACUGAGGGUCAUAGAGUUAGCUUUCCGUAUUUCAUUGCAUUUACAUCACUGCUCAACAACAUGGAGCUGAUCAAGCAAAUCUAUCUAUAUGCCACCAAGGGCAGUCGCACCGAGAUGGUCACCAAGGACGAGCUGCUCUAUGCUGCGCAGACCAUGAGCCAGAUUACACCCCUCGAAAUUGAUAUAUUGUUUCAGCUGACGGGCGCUGUUAAUCAGCCCGGCCGCAUCGACUACAGCGACCUGAGCAACAUCGGACCCGAACACUAUACGAAGCAUAUUACUCACCGUCUGGCCGAGAUUAAGGCUGUUGACAGUCCCAAUGAUCGAUCGGCAUUGAUUCAAGUACUGGAGGCCACCUAUCGCUUUACUCUGGCCUCCUUUGCAGGCGCUACUGGCGCCACCGUCGUCUACCCUAUUGAUCUCGUGAAGACGCGCAUGCAGAAUCAACGCACGGGCUCCAUGAUUGGUGAGAUCGCUUAUAGAAAUUCGUGGGAUUGUUUCAAGAAGGUCAUUCGCCACGAAGGCAUCCUGGGUCUCUACCGCGGCCUGCUGCCCCAGUUGAUGGGCGUCGCUCCGGAGAAGGCCAUCAAGCUCACUGUCAAUGACUUUGUGCGCGAUAAUCUGUCGGACAAGCGUGGCAAUAUUCCAGUCUGGGGCGAGGUUGUAGCCGGCGCCUGUGGUGGUGCUGCCCAGGUUAUCUUUACAAAUCCGCUGGAGAUUGUCAAAAUUCGACUGCAGGUGGCUGGCGAAAUUGCUGGCGGCUCCAAGAUAAGUGCUCUGUCCGUUGUUCGCGAACUGGGUUUUCUUGGACUGUACAAAGGCGCCAGAGCGUGCCUGCUACGCGACGUCAACUUCUCGGCCAUCUACUUCCCGACCUAUGCACACACCAAAGCGGCAUUGGCCGACAAGGAUGGAUACAAUCAUCCGCUAUCGCUGCUGGCCGCUGGCGCCAUUGCUGGUGUGCCCGCUGCUUCGCUGGUGACGCCCGCGGAUGUGAUUAAGACGCGACUGCAGGUGGCCGCUCGCACGGGACAGACGACUUACACAGGCGUUUGGGAUGCUACUAAAAAGAUUAUGGCAGAAGAAGGACCGCGAGCCUUCUGGAAGGGCACAGCCGCUCGUGUUUGCCGCUCAUCGCCACAAUUUGGUGUCACCUUGGUCACUUACGAGCUGCUGCAGCGUCUGUUCUACGUGGACUUUGGCGGCAAUCAGCCUAAGGGCUCGCAAGGCACAAAACCAGGUCUGCCCAUAGACUCCACACUGGGCGGAGAGCAGCCGAAGCCCGAUCACAUUGGUGGUUACCAUGCAGCUGUGCCGCUGCUGACGGGCAUUGAGUCCAAGUUUGGACUGUACCUGCCGCGAUUUGGUCGAGGUGUCGGUGCCUCUGCCCCGGCUGGAACAGCGACGGGCUCAUGAUUAUAUUGGCGGCAUCGUCUGCCAUGCGCCAGUUAGGUCUAAAGUUGUACAGUUGUAGCCAUAUAUAUAUAUAUAUAGGCAAAAGGAUGAAGUCGACUCUGAUCAGCUAUAGAUCAAAUGUCUAUUUUUUGCUAAGACGCGUUUAUACACACAGCCACAAACAGUCGAGGACAACAGCAAGCAGUUCGAUGUAUCUGGUCUAUUCUAGAGGGUUCUUUUCUUACCAUCAACAAGUUGUAAUAAGCGUAACAAACCUUUUGAAAUAUAUAUACGGAAUAGAAACUUUUACAUAUAGAAAUUUAUAUUGAUAUUUGCAUGUGUAUAUGUAUAUGAUAAAUAGCAAACAUUUUAUGGCACACAAUUGAAAGCAACUGUUCUACCUACACAUAAAACGAACAUACCUAUAUAGAAGAAACUGUAACUUUAACUAGAUAUAUAGUUGAAAGUCUAAAACAAAACAACACAAAGCAAAUCACUGAACGUCUCUUAUUGCACUCAAACUUUUAAGCGUAAAACCUUUCAAUAUAGUACGAAUUUGUUCAACUGUUAUAAAGGAAAAUGCAAUGAAUUACCUCUUAGCUAAUAAAUGUAAAAUGAAUAUAA